AUGCCCACUCCUUCAAAACAUGUCAAAUUCGUCGCCUCGGACCCUUCGCGCGGCGGUCUCCCCGUGAAGCGCAAACAGGUCCAGCACGCCUGUGCCUCAUGUCGCAAGAAAAAGAGGCGCUGCGUUCAUGCUGAAGAUGCAGUCGAUGAGACUUCGCCUCCCGUGGAAGAAGAUGAGACAUCCCGGUCAACAUCAUUACCUUUACCAACACAACGGACUGCUCUCACAGACUCAUCGCUUCAAUAUGCAAACUCAACCGCAAAUGCCAGUCCUGCUGCGCCAACUCCAAGGCGCGAAUCAGGAAGCACGCCGAAUCAAUCUUCCCGCUUCGUGGGGGACCUCAACCCAGAGGGCAUGUUCAUGGAAGCUACAGGCUCAGCAUCCGUCCGCGAGACCUCACAGAAAGGAGAUGUAGGAAUAUGGCUUUCUUCGAAUAAUCCUGGACAAGCAAGUCAAUUCAUCACUUCAAGGCCGCCCCCGAUAAUGGAUCAGUUUUUACUACCGUUCGUCAAGGAGCAUUGUCUAUCCUGUCUUCCGCCACAUCAAGACUACCUCAAACUAAAAGCGCUGUAUCUUGAAAAGAUCCAUCCCAUCAUGCCGAUUAUACCGGAGACUGCGCUAGAAGGCGAUGAACCCACGAGUGUGGUGUUGAGACAACUCAUCUGUCUCGCUGCAUCCACAGACCCAAGCAUGGCGCUAUAUCUCCAUCUCCAGAACAAAGGCGAUGAUCUCCUCCCCUGCCAAGACUUCAUGCAAUCCGUCUCCUCCGCCGUCCGCGCAAUCCUCGAAACAAGCAUCAUAACAGACAGAGUCCUUCACAUCCGCGCCCUCAUCCUCCUAUCCCUCUACACCCAGCCCAACUCCUCCGAAGAAGCAGAUCUCCCCGCGCAACUCGGCGGCCGCGCUAUUCACCACAUCCAAACACUCGGUCUUCACUUGUUGAGAUACGACGGGCCCAACAGUGAGGAGCUGGAAACGCUGUUCUGUGCGGUUUGGGCGGUUGAUCGGAUUAAUGCCGCGGUGUAUGGGAGGCCGUGUCUUAUGCAUGAGAGGGAUAUAGGCGCGAAUCUGGAUGGGUGUAUUAGGAAGAGACCGCCGUGCUUUAGGCUGUUCUUGAGUGUUGUGCAGUGGUUGGAUCAGGUCAUUGAGCUGUAUCGUCCGGGACCAAGUGCUGAGGCGAGCGGCUUGGAUAAGAUUGCUUACAUCGAUCUUCCAGUUCUCGAGGCCAUGAUCGUUAACGCUGAUGCGCUCAAAGUACCGGGGUCACUCAUUGAACGCAUCGCCUGCGCCGUCCUGCGCGACCACCUCUCCCCCAUGCCCUUCGUCCCCUACGCCGUCUGUCUCGCCCUAAGCGUAGAGUACCGCAAGAUGCGCCACUCCCGCCUGCCCAUGUUCCGCUCGCGCGCCAUGCACGCAUUCCGCCGCAACUGCGAGAUGCUCCGCAAAUUCGGCGACUACUUCUGGAGCGCCAACGUGGUGGCAGGGCUAGGCGAGCGGGUGCUCAAGGAGAUGGAGCGCGCUGCUAACACGCUCACGCGGGAAUCACCGCCGCCGACGACGACGGUGAAUCCUGUGGCUGUGACGAAUCCUGUGGCCGUGACGAACCCGAGUAUGGUCAACGCUGUUCCGAGCGUGGAGCAGGCCGUGGACUUUUCGUUGAUUGAUGCGAUUUCGGGGGCGGAUGUGUUUGGGGCUAUUGAUCCAAGUUUUAAUCUGGGGGCUGUGGAGGAUGCGCUGGAAGCGAAUCUGGAUAUAGGACUGCCGAUGAAUUGGGUUGAUUGGGGGCAGUAUGCCACGCUGUCGUGA